AUGACGAUAGGUUUUCAAGGAAAAGGAAAAAUAGGAUUUAUUGAUGGAAAAUGCUGUAAGGAUAAAUUCAAUUCUUCUCUACAUGAUCUAUGGGAAAAAUACAAUGCUAUAGUACUAUCAUGGAUAAUGAUCUCUAUAAGUAGAGAAUUAUUGAGUGGAAUAGUCUAUGCUAGCACUGAUCAACAAGUAUGGACUGAUCUGAGAGAGAGAUUUGACAAUGUUGAUGGCUCUAGAAUCUUUUAUCUGCAUAAGGAGAUUGCCACACUACAACAAGGGCUUAUGUCUGUUUCUAGUUAUUUUUCUAGUCUUAAGGAGUUGUGGAUGGAGUAUGACUCAUUGAUGCCCUGUCCUGGUUGUUCCUGCGAAAGUUCUAAGACCUAUGUAGAGCAUUUUGAGUAUCAAAGACAGAUGUAA